CGAGACACCCAUCCAGUCAACGGGCAGGCAGCGUCACGCAGCAGCUUUCGAUUACGCCUCACUACUUCGAAGAUGUCCUUCCUACGCAACAUCCGCAACAAUCUAACGAACAAUGGCCACACUGGCAGUCAUCGAAAUACUAAACCAACCAAACCAGCCCGAAGUAUAAUUAGCGAGCGGAAUACGUUGGGACGCGCCGGAAACGACUCCGAGAGGGAACGCUACGACAACGGGAACUACGGAACUGUACGAAGAGAAAGCGGACCAGGCCGAAGAGGAAGCAACUCGGCAACUCUAAAGCGGGAUUCAAAAUAUGGGAAAGAAUCUCCGGCACCAAUUAUUGUCUACGUGGAUAAAUACGAAACGGCAACCAGCAAGCCGGCUGGUAUACUGAGGAAAAAUACAUUUACUAAGGGUGAUCAUGAGGACAGUCGACGAUCUACAAACGCGAUUAGUCGGAGCGAUACGUUUACAGUCAAUGAAUCUGAAGACGAAAAAAACAGAACAAGUACCUACACGAAGAAGAAGAAUAAAGAUAAAUCUCCGGAAAACGAUUCUGAACAGUUGUACCUAAAUAACAAGAAUUUUACUUCUGAGGAUAACAUUCCAGUUGUUGUCGAUACUCGUACGUUUCGUAAAAAAUCGUUGAAAUCAUCGAAACCGGUGCAGAAGGUGGAAAGUUUUAUCAAAAGAUUCGAAAAGAACUUUUUUAAGCAUGACUCUAAGAAAAACGUACGGAAGGAUUCAAAUUCUUCUAAUGGAACAUACGUGCCACAGUUCAGGGAUAUUGGUAUUAACUGCAAGUUGGACGAUGAAGAUAAACUGAAGACUAUUACUAGAAAGAAGAGGACUGAAUCGAGAAAUUCAUUACUGGAAACGGCAAAUCCAGAACACAGUUCUUCAUCUCAUGUGAGCUAUAGGGAAAGCAGUUCGACUCCUCAGCAUAAAAAUCGGGCUCGGAGUGCUUCUCCUGUCAAAAGAUAUUCUACGUAUGAUCGCAAGGAAUCGCGACAAAUUCGGAAUGAUCCUCCCGCUGCUCAAGAAAGAUCACAUAAAACUCGUGAUCGCAGCUCCUCUCCGUUUGAAACGAUUGAACUGAAGUCAAAAUCAGCAGAUGACAGCUAUCUUAAGGCCCGACAGAAAGAGAUCGAAAUGGGGUACAGCACGAUCAACAAGAAAGUUCAAAGCCGUAGCCCAGACAGGAACAAGUCCAUUCUUGUUAAUACAAGUCGGACCGAGCGACAUGAACCGAAUCGUGGUCGCAGCUACACAGUCACCACCAGCACUCACCGGGUAGAAUUCGAUCGACCUUCUCAGUUCCGCUCCGACACCUACAACACCCUCAAAGAAGAGUACGAACAAGCAAACCGUAAGCCAGUGGGCAUAGCUAGUCCACGUCUAAGUUCAGAUCGCCCGGCAAAGCCGGAUCCACCCCAGCCUUUUUCCAAGCCAGCCCGCAGGGAUUCCACUGAGUUACCGAAGUACACCUUCGGUACCAAUCUCAAGGAGCGCCGAAGUCGCUUCCAGCAGUUUCAAAAGUCAUUCAAAAAGAUGGACGAAGACUGUAGCGAAGUAACUGUUCAGCAGAGCUUUUUCGUUCCAAUCUGAGCCUUAUCCAAGUAGGAAGACUUCAACCACUAAAGACUUGCUAAUUUAUACGCUUUCUUCCUGUAUAAGAUCCGGUUGUCUACUAAUUAAAGCUACCAACUAUUCGAAAAAAAAAAGAAAUAAAAUUCCAUUCAGGCAUGUUCUCUACCGGA